UUUAGAUAUCUGAUUUCCAUCGGCUGUUACAGAGAGAGAGAGAGAGAGAGAGCGAGAGAGAGAACGAGAUCAUUUGGAGACGUUGGUGCAGUGUGCACCGUUCACUUGGUUUUGGGGAGUGAAUCAAACAGCCAUGGUGAUAAAAGUAUUUAUAGCAUCAUCCUCUGGAUCGACAGCGAUUAAGAAGCAGCAGCAAGACAUCAUGGGUUUCCUUACUGUCAACAAGAUUGACUUUGAGGAGUGUGACAUCGUCACUAGUGAAGACAACAGGAAGUGGAUGAGGGAGAACGUACCUGAAGACUUCAGACCAACGACGGGUGUCCCCCUGCCUCCACAGAUAUUUAAUGAAGAACAAUACUGUGGGAACUAUGAGGCCUUCUUUGAUGCCCGUGAGGAGCAUGCAGUGUAUGCCUUUUUGGGCCUAACAGCCCCUCUAGGCUCCAAGGAAGCAGAGGCCUUGGCCAGACAGGAGCAACAGUAGCCAUAUGGUUUUGGUUAGCGGACCACAGUGCCCUCUCCUGGCGUUUUCCAGUCAGCUCUACAGCAGCCUGCCAGUGCUCGUCUGGAACACGUCUUCUCAGACCAAUCAUAGAGCUUUAUUUUGUUGUAAAAUGUAACCAGUCUGGUAUCAAAUUGACCAACGGAGCAUGGCCAAAUGUUGUGUUGUAUGACAAUGUAUUUAAUGUGAUAACCUUGUAAUGUUUCAAUAGUUCAAGCCAAUGCUGGGCAGUAUCCAGUGUUCAAUAUGAUUUUGAAAUCAAGGCAGAAUGAGUUCCCAAAUACUAGGCAUUUAGUAGAUCAUAUAGACAUGCUUUACACAUUUGAGAAUAUUUAAUUCAAUGAGAUAUUUUUCAACUUUGAUAAUAAAAUAGUGUUACUUCACUACUCAGUCUAUCUUAUUCUUAACCAGUUUCCUUGUUAUUCUUGUAGCACAAUGGUGUUGCCGGAAGACAGCUAGUUUCUCUCCACCUCUGAGUACAUUGACUUCAAUACAAAACCUAAGAGGCUCAUGGUUCUCAUCCUCUUCCAUAGACGUACACAGUAAUUAUGACAACUUCCGGAAGAAGUCCUCCAACCUAUCAGAGCUCUUGUUGUCCACCCAAUCAAAGGAUCAGAUAAUGAAUCUAGUACUGAAAGCAUUAGCUACAGUUAGCUUGCACUGCAGUGCAUAAAAUGUGGGGUGAAGUUGAUUCAAAGAUGGAAAGACUAUAGUUGAACCGUUUUGAACAAAUUCCUUUUUUUAAAUUGAAGGAGAAGCAAGAGAGAGCAAGAGCUAGCUAUAUUUUGUAGAAUUUUUUUAAACUUUCACUUAGCUAGCUAAUGCAGCUAGCUAGUUUAGCCUACUCAAACACUCGGCUCAAACAGGAAUGCUAUGUUAGCUAGCAGGCUAUGGCUAUCCAACACUGGAACUCUUCCAAGUCCAAGCCUUUUAUUUUAUUUAUUACCACCGGGGCCUGCCGGUGUAACUGCUAAAUUGCUUUCUGACUGUACUGCAUUAUCAUAGCGGGUUUUCUAACACCUUAGUUCUAGUAGCUAUGUUGACUAUGACGUUAGCUAAUAUGGUGACAGCGAUGUAGGCUCUGUGUAGUGGUUAUGAUAUUAAGGUUUGACUUGGAAAGGUUUUUUAGCCUGGUCACAGAGCUGAUUUGUUGUGCACUGAAGUCCACAAACGAAGGGAAAAGGUGAGAGGAGGAGAGCACCUUGAUGCGAGAAAGAAUUAUGUGGUCAUGCUGUUUGUAUGUGGCUGCUAUGAAAGUGAACUGUGUUAUCCAUGUGAUCAGGGGUGUAUUAAUUCUGUCGAUUCUGUUGAAAAACGUUUCUUAAACGGAACCAAACGGGCUAAACAUACCAGAAUUUGUCCAACAGAAACUCUCAUUUGUAACUGUUGGACUAAUGAUUACACCCUAGAUCAUCUAGAUGCAGGCAAGUGUGUGCAAGGUGUUGUUAAAUGUGUCAUUGUCUGUCACCUUUAUUACUAAAAUAAAUUCUCUUGGCCUGUGCACCUA